AUGACAUCCACCGACUCAUCCAUAUCCGUCUCCGUACGCGUCAGACCACUGACAAACAAGGAAAGCGGCUUAAUCGAGCCUCUGUCCACCAACGCAUUCUCCUCAGACGCGUCCCUCUCUUACACUCCCCAAAAACACCCAGUUCGCUCUUCUAGGCGUAUCAUCGAUGUUUUGGACGAUAGAGUACUCAUCUUUGAUCCCCCUGACAACGACCCCACUCGGUCUUUUCAGAAUAUGGGUUUUACUCGGCCUGGAAUGAAACGCUACAAAGACCAGCGAUACGCGUUUGAUCGCGUCUUUUCUGAGCCCACCACCCAACAACACGUCUUCCACGACUCCACUCUCCCUCUCAUCGACGGCGUCCUCGAUGGCUACAACGCUACCGUCUUUGCUUACGGCGCUACUGGCUGUGGAAAGACCCACACCAUCUCCGGCACUCCAAACGAUCCAGGCAUCAUCAUUCGCACCAUGAACGAGCUUUUUACGCGCAUCCACCACCUUGAAUCCACGCACAACGUUCAAAUCAGCCUCAGUUACCUCGAGAUUUACAACGAAAUGAUACGCGAUUUGCUCGCUCCACCUGACUCAAAAGCACCGCGUUCUGGUCUGGCAUUGCAGGAGAGCGCUGGUCAUAAAAUUAGCGUAGCUGGUCUAUCCGAACACCACCCAGAUUCCCCUGAACAAGUCCUUCUCAUGAUCCUUGACGGUAACAAAAAACGCACUAUGAGCCCUACGAUGGCAAACGCAACCUCUUCACGCUCCCACGCUGUUCUCCAAAUCAACGUUAAGAAGAGACAGGUGGGGCAUGACAGCGAGCAGUGUGCGACGCUCUCCAUCAUCGAUUUGGCGGGUAGUGAGAGAGCAUCAGCGACGCAAAAUAGCGGUAAACGUAUGACUGAGGGGGCUAACAUUAACAAGAGUCUACUAGCUUUAGGUAAUUGCAUCAACGCUCUCUGUGAGGGUGUCAAAGGACAUAUACCCUACCGCAAUUCCAAGUUGACGCGCUUGUUGAAAUUCAGUCUGGGUGGUAAUUGCCGUACUGUCAUGAUCGUCUGUGUCUCUCCCUUCUCGCAGCACUACGAAGACACGCAGAACACACUCAAGUAUGCCAAUCGCGCCAAGAAUAUCAAGACAAAAGUGUCCAAGAACAUCAUCAACGUCGAUCGACAUGUGCGUGAGUAUGUGCAGAUGAUAGCCGAGCUGCGCGAGCAAAAUGGGAAGCUACAGGGAGUGAUAGACAGUCGAAGCGACGAGCUGAGUGUAGCUGAUCAGCGCAAAAGGCAGUACAACUAUGAGGAGAUGGUGCGAGUGAAGAGCGACAUAACUGAAAAACUCCAAGCGACACUUCCCUCCAUAACGAAAGGGGCGGCAUGGGAAGCCUUAUUGCUUACAUCGACAAUGCGCGCCCAGCCUCUCGAAAUGCGUCUGGGGGUGCUGAACGCCGAACCCUCUGCACACAUCCACGAAAUAGCCCUCCUAUCAAGCAUGCUCCGUCCACUAGCUAAAGUUUUGGCACCGCAUAGCGCCGCUCGAGGGCAUAUUUCUAGCGCACAGAAAAAUAUGGCCGUUCUCGAAGCUACCCUCCGCGCUAUAGAGGAGAAGCGGUAUGAUGGAAUGGAUGAGCACACUACAAUGCAGAUCCGACAAGCCGCUCAAGGUUGUCGCGACAAGGUGCAACUCGAGUCGGAGAAAGCCCGUGUAGAUAUCCUUAAAAACGCCCUUGGUGUCCUAUCGACAGGGCUGAGUGGGACGACGAAGACGAUCGCCCACCUCGCCCAGAUCGGCAACAAGUUGAUAGAAGAUGUCAACAAGAAGCAGGUUGACUACAGUACGCAUGUGGCUUAUGCCAAAUCCUUACAGGGUGAAUUCGAGGAGAGUAACGCGUUGCUGAGUAGUAUCAACUCCAACGAUGAACUACCACCACCUAUCGCUGCCGUAACGUCGCCUAUUCGCGGCUCGUACAGACAGGAUAUGCUCUCGGCUAACUCCCCCUUCAACCCUCCACCUCCCCUCACCGUUAACCUUAAGAGCCUUUCCCCGUCUAGCAUCCCCCAGCCGGGACUGGUGGAGCCUGAAUCACUCGGUCAGGGCACGCAUGGCACGCAUGGUUUGCGUCAUGUCCGCAACGCUAUGGGAAGUCUCAGUGUUGGCAGUCCUAAACGAGUUCAUAGGCGGCUGUCAAAUUACGACGGUGGCGUGCAACCAGCGCAUAACGCUCAUUUCAAACCUCCACCUCCCCUUUCUUUCAGCGCUGCAGCAAGCGUUGCAGCCCACCCUACGCAACCAACACAACCAACUCAAACCACUCACAACAUUCUUCCCCUCCCGAAGAAAAGCUUCCGGUGGAAAGACGAGGCGGGUGAGGGGGAGCUGUACGAGUCGCGGCGUCGCCAGAGUCUCGGGCGAAGCAUUAAGCCGAAGACGACCGUCAUUGGCGGUGGCAGUGGUGGCGAAAUGGAGACGGACGACAACAAGAGUGACGGCGGCUGGGAGGAUGAUGAGCUUGAGCAUGUAACUCACAGUGUAAAUGAGAAUGAGAUCGACGGGGUGUUUGGCGGUGGUGGGGGUGUUGUACCCAUGAUUCAAGAUGAGCCAGUGAGCGUGCCAGUGGCUCCAAUUCAACAUCAACCUCACUCUCACUCUCAAACGCAAUCUCAAAAUGCUACCGCUGCCGCUCACGCUUCUUCUCAACGCGGCCCUGUGCGACUAGAACAGCAGUCACAGCAGUCCUCACAAAAACCACCGCGCCGGAUGAGCAGUAGCAUGCGCCCACUCACCUCCAAGCCGCCGCUCGCGAAAAAGACGACGCUAAGUAAUCUCGGCGAAGACGAGGAGGCGAGUUUCAGCGGCAGCAAUAGCAAUAGCAAUAGCAAGGCACAGAUGAGCAAUGGGUCGCCGAUGCGAUUGUCGUCGCCCGCGAAACGUGUUGCGCUCCUCGAUCUGAAUGGCACUGGGAGCAAUGGAGGUAAUGGGAGUAGCAGCAGCAGCAGCAACACCAGCAACAGCAAUAGCAGCAACACCACAACGAGCAGCACGGGCAGUCCAGGUAAACGCGCAGGUUUCGCAGCCCCCACUGCCAGCUCCGCCAGACGGCUAUCCAAACUCCCCGAGCCGGGUAUGAGUGGGAGUGGGAGUGGGAAUAUGAGUAUGAGUAUGAAUGGAGGUGCAAACACGAGCAGCACGAAUGCAGCCACUAGCGCUGGUACACCACGCACACGCAGAUUACGCCGGGGUAGCAACAUCGGUCCUAUGCGAAGAGGUAGAGCGAGUCUGCUAGGGUCUGAGAGUGCUUAUAACCACAGUCACCAUAUCGGGCAGAACGGGCAUGCUCACAGUCAGCCUUCGCACGAGCAACCCAAAUCGAAAUCACAAUCACACUCUCAGCCGCACAGCCACACCGUCACCAACUCAUCCGCACAGUCCGGACCCGUGCGAUUCAAUCCAGGCAACAGCCUCAACAGCCGUAAUGCACUCAAGAGCCCCCGUAAAGGCGGGAGACGGUCGCUGAUGCCGUCGCGGCGAGGCAGCGUGGGUGUUGGUGCCGGUGUGGGUAACAAUACCAACAGUACCCCCGCCUCACAUGGGUUUGGCGAUUUUAGCUUCACUGGCUCAGCUGCUAAGCCCGGUUGGAAGUGA